UGAUUAAUAGUUUAUGGGUGAACACCAAAGAAGCCGUUUAGAGCUGAAUCUCUCAAGCGCCCUGAGAUUGAAGUUGAUCAAGAGACUGAGAAAGUCAUCAGGGCCAUGGGGUAUCUGAUCAACUCCAAGCCCAUGACUAAAGCUGAGAGCAUACUGAAGAUAAGGCCUGAUCCAGAGAUUUUAGAAUUCAAAGAGACGUUCAAAGUCUGUUGAAAUGCAUAUAGUCAUCAGUUGUUCUACGAAUUGUGUUGCAACAAGUACUUUGCGCAUAUAUUUAGGCUCUUCUACUCCAGUUUUGGUGUCUCUGCUUCUAUACAGAGUACCUACUCUCUUCAGAGUCGAAGAGAAAUCCCAGAAGAUUAUGAAUUCGUUAAUUCAGAUAGUAAUCAUAUUCUGGCAGAAAAUCUGAAGAAGUUCAAACCAGUUUGUUCUAACUUGGACACAUAUUUGAAAAGAAUUCAUGACUUGGCCAAAAGCUUAUGAGAUUAUGAGUAAAUUCACAGC